UUUCAAAAAUACAAAAAAGCCGUUAAUCUAUUUUCCUUUUUCCGAGGGAAUAUGCGUGAAAACUCGUUGAAAAUAAUUUUAGUUAUAAAAAUCUUUAUUAUCAAGUUUCACACACGUUUCAUACUUGUAAAAAAGUUUGUAGAAUGUUUGUAACUUCACACGAUUUGCUGCAUGGGAAAAAGUGUCGAUUGAAAGUGUCAAAGCAAAAAUACUACACACAAUAGUAACGACCGCAGGCCGGCAGCAUGAGCGUAGUCUUGGCUGUGGAAAAGCCUCUUUCAUAGUGAAAUACCACCAAUCAGAACCCUUUCCAUUAGCAUCCGAGGUACUGAAUGGAGAAUAACAAAGAAGAUGAGCUGGACGAAGUCAUCGAAUCGUCCCAGGCACCAACGCUUCGUUCGAAAAUCCGUCAAGUGCGACCAAACUAUCGCGAUUUAUCGCCUAGAAAGUAUAGAAAGAAACCACCGAAACGUGCGCCUCGAGACAACCGUACCGUGUCCCAAUGUAUCCGACAGGUGUGGAAAAAUCCACUAAACAAACCAUCGCCCACUAAGACCAAGCAACCGGCACCAUCUACUAACAACGAGGAAGCACUGGAAAAGGAGUACAUUAAGAUUGCUUCCCAGCAGCACGAGCCGCCGAACGUUGGUGAUGGAAUCCAACCGGUACCGUCGGUCAGUUUGUUUGCCCAGCAGGAGGCUGCACUGGCCCGGUACCUGUUCAAUGAAACGACCGAGGCACAGGUGGAAGAACAGUUGCAAAAACUGUUGGAUGGAUUUCAGGCGGAAUACGAAAAGGAAUGUGCGGCGAUGGAAAGUUCGCCCGUUAUGAUGGUGCAUGAUGAUGCCGGAUCGUUGCAAUCGUCACCCGCUUUGCCUGGUGCAAACGGUGAGCAGAUAGCGAGCGGGAUCGAGGAGAACGAACGGCCAUCAGUCUGUCCACUGCAACCGAUGGUUAGUGAACCAUUUUUAUUACCUAACUUUAGUGAAGAGAUAGCACGGUUGGCCGAAAUGGUGCAAAAAGCUGGCAGCAGUCCAUUUCGGUCUGACCCUUCGGCAAUGGCAGACCGGAUGGCUACUCCAAUCAUUCCCGUAGUUGAGCUGCACGAAGAAAUGCCUCAAAUGUUGGGCGAUAUUCCCAUGGUAACCCAUGGUAACGGUUGCUUAGAUUUGACGGUACAGAAGGAACAGAGCGUCCCGGAGAAAGCUGCGCAACUAGCUGAUCCCGCAAAUCAGCUAGAAGACGAUGGCUGCUGGCUGAAUGUGAGUCAAAACCGUGCCUCACCAGUACCCAGCGUAAAGCUCUCCCAACGGCCGGAUGAUAUUCUUGACCUUCGCUUAAAGUUGCGCCGUACAGUCCCAACACCAACCGUGAAUGCCAAUCCACGGUUUGUGCCACCAAGACCGUGCGCCCGCAGCACGUCGGACUGUGGCACACAGACAAAGUUCCGGGGCCGGUAUCGUAACGUCGGCAUUCAGCAUCGUCCCGUCGCUUCGCUCGAUUUUACCGAUCGCAACAUAAUCGUGCUAGCGCAACAGUUCGAAGCAGAUCCGAACCUGCUGGGGCGUAAGCUGAGACGCGUUGCGCAAACUGCUUGCGAUCCAAUAUGGCGUGCGCGAGAUCUUUCCACCGUAUUUACCGCGGCUGAUCCGUACUAUGCAAAUUUAAAACAUUUCCUAUAAAAUCGCACCGUAAAUCUUACUCACGCGCAUCAAUUAUCAAAUUCA